UUACAUGACCCUGCCCAUGAAAGUUGCUGUUGUUGUCACAUGAAAUCACAUUCGGGAUGAAUUGAAGUUCAAUUUUACCGGCUGAUACAUAUUCUGGGCACACUGAUAAAAGUAAUGGAUUAACAGUCACAUUGAGAUUAUGGCCGGGAUCACAGGGGAAAUUGACCAGUAUGGAUUUGAAAGGCCAGAUGAUUUUGACUAUGACAGCUAUGAGGCAUUUAUGUCUGCUUAUCUACGAGUUCUGGCAAGAAGAGCUGCCAAAUGGGAGAAGUUGUUAGGGACCAAGUUAUCCAAUCUUACUCAUUCCAGAAAAGUUAAGAGGUAUGUUCGUAAAGGAGUGCCAUCAGAAAGCAGAGGGGAGGUAUGGUUGAUUAUCAGUAGGGCAAAAGCAAAGCUUGAUGCAGCCCCAUUGAAAUAUGAAGAACUGGUUCAGGGUAACAUGGAUGAAAAGAUUGUUGAUAUUAUUGAAAGAGAUAUUAGAAGAACAUACCCAGAGAAUGUUUAUUUCAGAGAUGUUAAGGACAGCCAGUUGACAUCCUUGAAAAAUGUUUUAGUAGCAGUAGCACACUACAAAGAGUCAAUAGGAUAUUGCCAGGGCUUGAAUUACAUCGUUGGUAUGUUGCUUUUAAUAACAAAAGAUGAGAAAAUGUCCUUCUGGUUAAUUGUGGAAAUUCUUGAAAGACUUGUUCCAGAUUUUUAUUCAAAGAAUCUUGUUGGUGUUCGAGUUGAAACUCUGGUUUUAAUGGAAUUGAUAAGCCAAAGACACCCAGACCUUUAUUUGCACUUCAAGUCGAAUGGCAUCGAUCUUAACCUCACCACCUCGAAAUGGUUUAUUUGCCUCUUUAUGGAUGUACUGCCAGUCGAGACCACCCUCCGAAUUUGGGACUGUCUUUUUUACGAGGGUUCGAAAAUUCUGCUGCGAGUAGCUCUCACGUUGAUUAUAUCAAAUAAAGAAAAAUUCCUGGCAAGCAAGGAUUUCACAGAAAUUUGCCAAACUUUUAAGAAAAUCACGAACAACAGCCUUACUCUCGAUUGUCAUUCAUUUUUGCAGAACUGCUUCAAAGUGCCUGGUUCACUCCCAAUGGCUAAAAUUCAGGAAUUGAGAAUACGGCAUCAAGAAGAACUUGCUAUUGAGGAGCAGAAACUUAGAAGCAGUAAAUAGUUUUAUUUGUAAGUUCAACGUCUAAAUAACCGAUAGUUUGAUAUCCAUAGAUUUGACUAGAAUGGUCCGGUUCUUUUAAGAUUUUUUGUGGUUUGCAAAUUUUUUCCUAGAGCAAUAGGUUGAAGGCUAGCUUUUUAUUUGAAGAUUUUAAAGGUAGCGCAGUGGAAAAAAGGGGGUUUGGACAUUAAGAGCGCCCUGUAUAUGAUCCAGUAAUUCCAGUUAUUGUUUCUGGAAUUUUGACAUAAAUAUUAAGACUUUCUCAUUCGCAAAGAAUUGUUUAUUUUCCAUGCUCAAACAAUAUUUCCAUGCAAAAAUUUUUUUGAUAUUUUUACAACGCCCUUUUAAUAUGGUCGGAUGGAGUGUUUGUAUGAUGGUUCUUGUCCUUAUUUGAAAUAUUAAAAUUUCCAGCCAUUUUCCUAAAGCGUUCAAAUUUCAAACCUCCCCAUUUUUAUUUAAAAUAUUUUUUUGUUUACCUGCGUACACAUACCGUUUAAUGUAACUUUCUUGGCCUCUUACUCGCAAUGAAUAUGCUAGCCCCAGCGUUUGCAAUGAAGCUCAGAUAUGACCCUCGCCCGUGUCCAAAAUGUUUAAUAUGCCCCUUCUUGUGACAUAACUUAAAAUGAUACUACUUGAUCUCUAACAGGUGAAUUUACCACACCAGCUUAAUAUGCAAACAAUUAUUUUUUCAUUCAUAUUGCAAAAUGACAGUACCAACAGUAACUAUAUUUUUAACUUUUAACCUUAACAACAAAAUGCAAUUGCAUCACGUUAUUCUAGCACGAUCACAUUACAUUACACGAGGCAAUUGAUGCAAGCACAUGGCUAGUUCAUGACAACUGAACUUAGCGCCAAUUUCUGCUUCCAAAUUAUCUUCUGAACUUGCGAAAAGUCUUAUUUAUGAAUGUUCAUGACCGCUGUCAAUAGGCAAUACCGCGGUAAAGGCUCCGCUCUUCUACUGCGAUACAGAACUUCGAUAGUCCUAUGGAGAAACGAAGGCUUGAGGCAAAUCAAGAGGUCUUCGAGAAACCGACUGCAGGAUUCAUAUCCGAGGGUUUUGUGUUUCUUGGAGAGGCGCUGAAAAAAAGAAGCAGGAGAUAUUGAGAUUGAUCGGUUAAAAUGAUUUGAUGGUAUUCGUAAUUGAUGUGUAUUAUUGUAAAGUCUUAUUUAGAUAGGUUAUUUUUCAGUUAGAUUUUAUUUGUAAAAAUGUAUCAAAGAGGUAUAAGUUGUGAUUUUUCUAGAUUUGUUAUUUAGUUUGCAAAUUUUUCGGAUAUUAGUGAUAUAUUCGCAAAUCUUUU